AUGAAGUCCAAAAUCAGUGCUCUUCGUCAGAGUCGCCCUGGGAGCUUUCAGAAUAUCGCUUGCAUUCGGACAAAUGCUAUGAAGUACCUACCUAAUUUCUUCAAAAAAGGUCAACUAGAGAAGAUGUUCUUCCUCUAUCCUGAUCCGCACUUCAAGCGUCACAAACACAAGUGGCGCAUCAUCAGCCUUGCCCUUCUCACGGUUUAUGCGUACGUACUGCGGCCCGGAGGUCGCAUUUAUGCUAUGACAGAUGUGCCUGAGUUGGCGGAGUGGAUGGAAGAGAAGAUGGAGGCGCAUCCCCUCUUCCGUCGAUGUUAUCAACUUAGCCUCCCCAUUAAUGUUGAGCCGUCAGAGUCUCUGGAGUCCGCGAAAGCGGAAGAUGCCGUUGUGGGCCUUCUGGCCAGUGGGGUGACUGAGGAGGCGCAAAAGGCCACUAGAGAUGGCCGCGGAGCCACUAUCUCUGUAUUUGAAAGAAUUCCCAAUCCUGUAUCUAGUUAA